CCCAUAAAUACCCAGCGCACGGCUCUUGCUGUGCGUUUGGCUGCCAGAGGCUCAGGCCCUUCCCUGGGGAGAGAAUGUACAGCCAAGUCGAGCAUCCCGCUGGAGGCUACAAGAAGCUCUUUGAGACGGUGGAGGAGCUGUCCUCGCCGGUGACUGCCCAUGUCACAGGCAGGAUUCCCACCUGGCUGCGAGGAAGCCUGCUGCGAUGUGGGCCCGGCUUGUUCGAGGUGGGUGCAGAGCCCUUCUAUCACCUCUUUGAUGGCCAGGCACUCCUCCACAAGUUCGACUUCAAGGACGGGCACGUUACUUAUCACCGAAGGUUUGUCAGGACUGAUGCUUAUGUGAGAGCAAUGACCGAGAAACGGAUUGUGAUCACGGAAUUUGGCACCUACGCGUACCCAGACCCGUGCAAGAACAUCUUUUCCAGGUUUUUCUCGUACUUCAAAGGUGUGGAGGUCACUGAUAACGCCCUCGUUAACGUCUACCCCGUUGGUGAAGAUUACUAUGCCUGUACUGAGACCAACUUCAUAACCAAAAUUAACCCAGACACAUUAGAGACAAUUAAGCAGGUGGAUCUCUGUAAAUACGUGUCCGUCAACGGGGCAACGGCUCACCCCCACGUUGAAAACGACGGGACGGUUUAUAACAUUGGCAAUUGCUUUGGGAAAAAUUUUUCACUCGCUUAUAACAUCAUACGGAUUCCUCCGCUUCAGGCAGACAAAGAAGACCCGAUGAACCGGUCGGAGGUGGUGGUGCAGUUCCCGUGCAGCGACAGGUUUAAGCCCUCCUACGUUCAUAGCUUUGGGCUGACCUCGAACUACAUAGUGUUUGUUGAAACGCCGGUGAAAAUCAACCUCCUCAAGUUCCUCUCCUCCUGGAGCCUUUGGGGAGCCAACUACAUGGACUGCUUCGAGUCCAACGAAACCAUGGGGGUCUGGCUUCACGUGGCAGAGAAGAAGAAAGGCAGGCUCCUCAACAUCAAAUAUCGCACCUCGGCCUUCAACCUCUUCCACCACAUCAACACCUACGAAGAUAACGGGUUUCUGAUUGUCGACCUCUGCACCUGGAAGGGGUUUGAGUUUGUUUACAAUUACCUCUACUUAGCCAACUUACGAGCCAACUGGGAUGAGGUGAAGCAGCAGGCAGAGAAGGCCCCGCAGCCCGAAGCCCGCAGAUACGUGCUGCCCCUCACCAUCGACAAGGCUGACACGGGCAAAAACUUGGUCACCCUGCCCUACACGACGGCUACGGCGACCUUGCGCAGCGAUGAGACCGUCUGGCUGGAGCCCGAAGUUAUUUUCUCAGGGCCCCGCCACGGUACGACAGUGACCCCAAAGCUCAGCCAGCAGCGGCACGAGCACCCCCUUGUAGCCUUUGAAUUUCCACAGAUCAAUUACAAGAAAUACAGUGGGAAACCUUACACGUAUACAUACGGGCUGGGGCUGAAUCACUUUGUCCCAGACAGGCUUUGCAAGCUGAACGUUAAAACAAAGGAGACGUGGGUGUGGCAGGAGCUGGAUUCGUACCCAUCGGAGCCGAUCUUCGUCUCCCACCCGGACGCCCUGGAGGAAGAUGAUGGGGUGGUGCUGAGCGUGGUGGUGAGCCCGGGCGCGGGGCCGAAGCCCGCCUACCUCCUGGUCCUCAACGCCAGGGACAUGAGCGAGGUGGCCAGGGCCGAAGUGGAGGUGAACAUUCCUGUGACUUUCCACGGACUCUUCAAAAGAGCGUGACCCCCGCCUGCCACACACCCCCUUGGGCUGCUUCCCGCUCCAGAAGAGAUGUUUUAGCUCUGAUUCAGCUCCUGUACAGUUGUUGUCCCCAGCUCGUGGGACUGUGGAGAAAUGUCUCGAAUCCACAAGGGCAACUCUUGCGUUAG